GUUAAAUUACGUCGUGGGCGUAGCGGCUCCUUGUAAUGGCGACCGUGCCGUAGCUGUGCCUAGGCUUUUGAAAAUGAAGCGGAGAAGAAGUUAUUUCUUUUAAUUAACGCGCCGAGGUUCCCUCCUGGAGGACUUUGCGUCUGUCAGUGUCAUCAUUAUACGAGGCGUACUUAGCUGUGCAAUUCUACUUUUGUGCUCUCGAAAUGAUGAAGCUCAAGUCUAACCAGACUCGGACGUACGACGGAGACGGUUUCAAGAAGCGGGCCGCUUGCCUGUGUUUCAGAAGCGAGAGCGAGGAGGAGGUGCUGCUGGUGAGCAGUAGUCGGCAUCCAGAUAAAUGGAUAGUUCCUGGAGGGGGAAUGGAGCCAGAGGAGGAGCCCAAUGUUGCUGCAGCUCGAGAAGUUUGUGAAGAGGCUGGAGUUAAGGGGACUUUAGGACGAUUAGUUGGAGUAUUUGAGAACCAUGAGAGGAAGCACAGGACAUAUGUGUAUGUGCUCAUUGUGACAGAAGUGCUGGAGGACUGGGAGGACUCAGUCAACAUUGGGAGAAAAAGGGAAUGGUUUAAAAUAGACGAUGCCAUACAAGUGUUGCAGUGUCACAAGCCUGUGCAGGCCACCUACUUUGAGGCUCUUCAAGAGAGUUGCUUGAACACCAACGGGACGCCUUUGGUGGCCACGAUAGGUGGCGACUUGUCUCCUACCUACAGCAUCAAUCAGAGCUCUGUCUCAGGUAUCAGAUAACUAAAACCACAGCCCUGAUGCCCCCUGGAGCUUUCGCUACCACUUGCUCUUAUAAUUGUGUAAUUUCAAUUAUCUUAUUUUGUCUCAAUGACAUGAUUUGCCUUGCCAACUCCUUUGUGCCAGAAUGUGGCACAGUCUUGAUGACAAGUGAUGGGUGAAUAGUCUGAAAACUUUGUAAAUGUAAUUUUAUGACCGAACAUUUUUUGUUUUGUUUUCCUUUUUACUUACUGCAUGUCCCUUGGCUACCGUCAUUCUCUCUCCGACGCGCCCUUAGCGUGAUGUUUUAUUGAAUGCAAGAACUACUUUUUACUGUUGUAAUGUAAAGUGUAUAUCUAGUGCUUACGCUGAAGGCUCUUGGAUGUCUUUAAUGUCUUUUAAAUUUUGUUUUUUUGGUGAAUGAAUGUGCCCAUUAGUGUUUUUCCUUCCCUUCAAGGGUAGAGAUUUCUUCUAUCCGUCUUGCAUGAGCGCUGUUCAAUGUUCACUUUCUGAAGUGAGCUGAUGCUGACUUGUGCUAAGGUUAUUCCUUACUGUGGUUGUUGUGGCUGUAAUCUAAAGGAUGAGGCCCCCAGUAGUCACUCAGUUUUAAAUGUCAAGAGUUUCUCCUAUUCGAGGAACUAGCCAUGCACUACACUCUUCAGUGGAGCCUAUUGUUUCAGCAAGAGUGGAAGAAUGUCAUCAGAGUCUAGAAUAAACCACAUGUUCACAGUGUCUUUACCUCUGUCUAAAUAAUCCUUGUUUUUAUUUUAACUACAUGUGACUUAAGUCUUCCUCCACACUCAGAGAGGGCAGAAGUAGAUUUCUAAUUAUGGACUUACAGCACAUAUCACAUAAGUUAUUAAAAGUUUCAAUAAUUAACUUUCCACUUUCAUUUUUUAAUUAAAAUGUUUACAUUAUUGUUUGACUUUAGUGGGCACUUUCAUUAUGAACAUCCGUAUUUUAUUUUUUACCCCUUGUUUAGUAUUUAAACUGCAUCCCCAAAACACUCAAACAUCAGUUUGACAUUGAAAGUAAUAGAAUCUAUAAUGCUGUUUUUGGCAAGAUGCAGAUUAAACAGGCCUUGUACAGUUGGAGACCUUGUUUUUAACAUGUAAAAUGCUUUGGAUACUAUUGUUUCUCUAACGUCUGGCAAGUCUCUUCAGCCAAGCUGCUACAUGCGCCUUGGCAUGAAGUGGCUGGCUCAAUACUGUGAAACUGGAGGCUCUGUAGAUAGCAUGAAAAGAGGUUUUUAUUAUAAAUUGUGUAUUUCUGUAUAGAUCAAAAGGUGAGUGCUAAUGACAGACACCUAUUACAUGUAUUGGUGCUCCGUGUCAUUUCAAAUGAGGCUGAUGUACUAGCAAACAAGUGGCUUUGGAGUUUUAUUAGCACUACUUCUGAGGCUAAAUAAACAGGAAUGUGGCUGAAAGAUCAAUGAUUUAAUCCCAAAUAAUCUCUUAAAAUAAAAUGGCUCACUAAAGUAUGCACUUAAAUUCUGGGCAUACAAUUUAAAAAUGUAGGCCUCCUUAAAUCUGCUCUGAAAAAUGUUGUCUUGUGUGCAGGACAGAGCUGCUCGUCCCAAUAUGAAAAUUGAGAGGAAGGGGGGUUGGGGUUAAGAUUGUGAUGAACAGCAGUGACAAUUACAAUCUUUAUCAACUAGGUGUGGAGGUCAAAGUCUCUAGUGAUAAUGCCCGAACUUCAUGAGACCAUACACUCAAUUGGGAUAAACGUAACCACCUAUAUUGACCAGAACAUUUUCAUUGAUUUUGUACAUUUUGUAAUACAUUUGACAUUUCAGAUUACUUUUCAGAUUUUAAGUAACCACUCUCACACCAAAGGCUUGGGUUAAUUCUUAGGUUAAUUAACAGCUCCAUCUCAUGAUUGAAAUUGCAAUUCCAUUUCCAUUAAAUUAUUCCAAAUCAUCUCACAUUGUACUUCCAGCCACAGACCUGAGUCUUGAAGUUACAUGUAAAUGUUGUCCAAUGUCACUGGAAUUGUUAUUGUUUGUCAUUUGGGACUCUGGAAUGAAACCAGUGUGAGAAGACUGAAGAUUGUAAUAUAAAUGUGCCAACAAAUAAACACCAGUAUUUCACACUUCAA